AUGUCGACAGAACAAUCUUCCACAGAGAACACCCCGCCUCCGGACAGGCAAGAGAGGGUGCAGGUGGUGGGCCGUCUCUUGAAGCAGACCCCGCCGGGAGAGUUCCACGAGGUCUUCAGCGACUUGCGUGCUCUGGUGAAGGACGAUGGUCUGAUGUGCGACGAGGCCUCUGGCUUUUGCGCCAUCCUCGACAAGGACCACUUCACCCCCGUCAAGACGGAAGGCUGCGAGGUGCUCCUGACCCGCCACAAUGAGCUUGAGGAGAACCGCUUCCUGGACCCUCAGAGCCAAUUCUCCUUCAAGUACGACCACCUGAGGAGGAAGCCAAGCGACUUCCAGGCACACCCUGAGGAAGACGAGAAAGGUGAACAGUGGAGGAGGGAGAUCCACGAGUCCCUCAAGGCCUAUGUCAACAACCACUACCCCAAGGGGCUCUGCAGUGUCUUCAUUAAGGACACAGCGGUCCGGAAGAUCUUUGUGGCUUGCAUCGAAAGCCACCGGCAUAAGCCCUUGGCCUUCUGGAAUGGCCUGUGGAAGUCGGAAUGGACGUUUGCUUUGGCUCCGGCCUCCACGUCCACAGAGGUGACCGGGACCAUCACGGUUCAAGCGCACUACUUUGAGGACGGCAACGUCCACCUGACUGUCACCCAGGAGGUGGAGGAGACCCUUCUGGUGACAGACGAAGCCCAGACAGCCCGAGACUUUGUGAAGCUGGUGGAGAAAGCAGAGGACCAAGUCCAGAAUGGGCUGAUGGAAGAGUAUCGGAAAAUGAACAACACGUACAUCAAAUCUUUUCGGAGGCAGCUGCCUGUUAUCCACACCACCCUCGACUGGGAGAAGGUAGUGACAGCAAAGAUUGUGGAGGCCCGCAUGAUCCAAUGA